AUGGCGUCCGUGACAACAGCCACAUCAGAGUGGAUCCAGUUUUUCAAGGAUGCUGGCAUCCCGGCUGGCCUGGCCGUCACCUAUGCAGUCUCCUUUGUGGACAACAGAAUUCAGAAGAACAUGCUGAUGGACCUGAGCAAGGACAUCAUGAUGGACCUCGGCAUCACAGUUGUCGGGGACAUAAUUGCCAUUCUCAAACACGCCAAGCUGGUCCACAGGCAGGAUAUGUGCAAAAUGGCCACCGAAGCCAUCUCCUCAGGACAGACCAGCGUGAAAGCAGAGCUCAGAAGAACCGCCAACACACCAGCCACCCGUAUGAUUGCCAACGCCUUGAGCCACGACUCCCCACCAGCCACUCCUGUACGUCGUCCCGACAACCGCCUCUCUGUUACAGUGUCCAACGUGCAAGCAAGCAAGGGUAACAAAGCAGCGAUCAGUCAGCCGGCAAAAGAAGGGAACGGAUUGUCAUCCGCGAAGCAACGGCGCGUCACAGCGGAGAUGGAAGGCAAGUACAUCAUCAACAUGCCCAAAGGCACCACGCCACGCACACGGCGCAUCCUGGCCCAGCAGGCCAAAAAAGGUUUGAAGAGGACCUCGGUGUUCGCGAGACUUGGAGCUGAAUCAAAGGCAGAAGCGGCAGCCAGCACUAACAAGCCCACUGGCGUCUUCAGCCGUCUGGACCAAGCAGACGAAGCGAGGGCGGAGCCAAGGUUGGGGAAGAUGGCAGCGACAGAACGGGAGGAUGACAGCGACGGUGAAGGCUCCGUCCUCCAGUAUGCCGGUGUGCUGAAAAAGCCUCUGCUCUCGCAGAGAAUUGAGCCCCCUAAAAAGCCGGCUCCCACCACCCUGCGGCGCCUAGGUGGCAAACUCAAACGACCGCUGCCCGACACGCCCACUCCUUCCUCCAACGGCAUCCCCCCAGCUAAAUUCAGCGUUCUUCAGAGACUGGGUAAGCUCCAGCGAGUCGCAGUCUCCUCUUCCGCGGUGUCCCUCCCGUCCGCUGACACGCAGGACAACAGAGUGACGAGCACUCGACCAAGGGCCAGGCAGAAAGGGAGCGUGGCCAGGUGUAAAGUCAGCAGCAGUACCGGAGCAAGAGCAGUAGCAGCAGCGGCAGCGGCCGGCACCGGAUCGUUGGACUGUGCGGGCGCCCAGAUGGACUGCAAGGCUGUCAGUGUUUUUAAGAGGUUGGGAAGCAAAAACAAAUAA